GGACAAAAGAAAAAUAAAAGUCUUCGAUCCAUAUUCCACUUUGAUCCAUAGAUCCAAUUUUAGUUUCUCAGAUCAAAAAUUAAGAAGAGAGAUUGAAAUUUUUUGAUCUGAGAAAAUGCAUGUCACUAAUCUCUUACUCGAAGAACCAAUCAGGAUGGCUUCAAUUCUUGAGCCACCAAAAAACAAUUUAUCUGCAAUGACUAAGAUCGUGGGGACACUCGGGCCGAAAUCGAGGUCUGUUGAUGUGAUUUCCGGCUGUCUGAAAGCUGGAAUGUCCGUUGCACGGUUUGAUUUUUCAUGGGGUGAUGCUGAAUAUCAUCAGGAGACUUUGGAGAAUUUGAAGACGUCUGUUAAGAGUACUAAGAAGCUAUGUGCUGUUAUGUUGGAUACAGUAGGCCCAGAAUUGCAAGUUGUUAAUAAAAGCGAAAAAUCGAUUGCACUAAAGGCUGAAUCAUUGGUUGUUUUGACUCCGGAUCAAGGUCAAGAAGCAACUUCAGAUCUAUUGCCAAUCAAUUAUGAUGGAUUAGCAAAAGCAGUAAAGAAAGGAGACACCAUCUUUCUGGGUCAAUACCUGUUCACAGGAAGCGAAACUACCUCAGUUUGGCUUGAGGUAUCUGAGGUGAAAGAGGUAGAUGUGGUUUGCACAGUGAAGAAUGCCGCAGUACUAUCUGGAUCAUUGUUCACUUUGCACGUCUCUCAAAUUCAUAUCGAUCUCCCUACCCUAACUGACAAAGAUAAAGAAGUUAUAAGCACCUGGGGUGUUCGAAACGACAUUGACUUUCUUUCCCUAUCAUAUACCCGGCAUGCAGAGGAUGUUCGCCAAGCUCGUGAGUUCCUGUCUACCCUGGGUCAACUUAGUCAGACUCAGAUUUUCGCUAAGAUUGAGAACAUAGAAGGUUUAACUCAUUUCGACGAGAUCCUAGAAGAAGCGGAUGGCAUUAUCCUUUCUCGUGGAAAUCUAGGCAUAGAUCUUCCUCCAGAAAAGGUGUUUUUAUUUCAAAAGGCAGCCCUUUACAAGUGUAACAUGGCUGGUAAGCCUGCAGUAGUAACUCGUGUUGUCGACAGUAUGACAGACAAUCUCAGACCAACACGUGCUGAAGCAACUGAUGUGGCUAACGCUGUAUUAGAUGGUACUGACGCAAUUCUUCUGGGUGCUGAGACACUUAGAGGAUUAUACCCUAUUGAGACCAUCUCCACUGUUCGUAGAAUUUGUGCAGAGGCAGAGAAGGUUUUCAACCAGGACUUGUAUUUUAAGAAAACUUCGAAAUAUGUCGGAGAACCAAUGUCCCAUUUGGAAUCUAUUGCUUCCUCUGCGGUACGUGCGGCAAUCAAGACAAAGGCCUCUGUUAUUAUUGUUUUUACUUCGACUGGAAAGGCUGCAAGGUUGAUUGCUAAGUAUAGGCCAACAAUGCCUGUUAUAUCAGUCGUCGUUCCACGCCUCAUAACUAAUCAACUCAAGUGGACUUUCACCGGCGCUUUUGAGGCGAGGCAAUCACUGAUCGUGAGAAAUCUUUUCCCCAUGCUUGCUGAUCCUCGACAUCCAGCUGACUCCACAAGCGGCUCCAACGAAACAGUUCUGAAAGUUGCAGUGGAACACGGGAAAGCAGCUGGUGUGAUAAAAUCUCAUGACCGGGUUGUCGUCUGUCAGAAAGUUGGCGAUUCUUCUGUGGUGAAGAUCAUUGAACUCGAAGAAUAAAACCACUUGAGUUCUAUCUUCCCACUUCUUGAGAGAAUGUAGUGGAAUUCGAAAGCAGAACUGUAAGUAGCAUAAAUCCAGCAGUUCCCAAAGAAUUAGUACUCCUUUUGGAAAGUGAAGAAACAUUGAUUUUGGCAUAUAAAUUCUUCAGUGAGUUUUACAACACUGAUCUCAGCUAUUUAGCUGUGUUAAAAUCUUUACACACUAGACGCAAUGUAAUUGAACUCAACUUUGUGGUUAAUCCAUUUUAUCAUGUUUGGUCAGAUGAAUUUGUGAAGAAACUGUUCUUUCUUUACUUAAUAUCUAAAGUUUUACCGA